AUGUCUCGAUUGGAUGCACAACAAAAGUUGGAUGAACUUCAUCUGGUUGCUUCAAGUCUUAAUAAGGAAAUAACAAUGAAGGCAAAUCCAACAAGAGCUCAACUUCAUCAAUGUAUUGCUGAAUGUACUAUGACUCGAGAUUUUUCAAAUUCAUUGAUUUUAUCUUCGAAUUGUUCACGCCGUAUAUCGUCGUAUGCAUGCAUGAUGCACAUUACUAUCUCCUAUGAACUUAGCUCUUAUCAAAUCGACUUUUUGACAACUGGUUCCGAAAAUGAUCCUAAUACUGAUCUCGUCACCAGUAUAGUACAACAAAAUAUAUCAGUAUUAUAUGGCAUAACGGUUGGCAUUGAUAUAGCUCGUACUCGAUUCUUUCCAGGUCCAUCUCUUACCGAUGGAGACGGAUUUUCUUUUUUUUGUAAUCGAGAUCGUUGUAAUAGUCAAAAUACAGAAAAUUCAGUACACUCAAUUAUUCAUAAUCAUAACUCUUUAUUGGACAUCAUUGAACCGUUAACAACGACUACACCAACGACUCCACAUGUUUCAUCAACAACAAGCCAUGGGAAUCAAGUAACAGCUGCUCACAAUGGAUGUGUCAUUAUACUAUUGUCAAUUGGAAUAUUGUGCCAAUAUUUUCAAAAAUAUUUGUACUAUUAA